AUGCCCGAAGCCAUCAUGCCCCAGAAGCGGGUGCUGGGCGAAGCCAGCGCCAACCCUCGCAAUGACUUCGUAUCCCCCGCCGUGCUCAAGAAGCGUAAGAUCGAAAACGAGUCAUCCUCUCAGCUGAAGGCCCCGCCUAUGGGCACCCAAAGAAAAGGAUUCGGCUCUAGCCAACCACAAAAGAGCCAUUUUGAGGAGGAAGUGCUGGAAAAGUUAACGCAAGAUAUUGGAGACCUGAAAGAAACCAACGCGGAGAAGGAUCAGCAAUGGGAACGUCCUCCCCUUGGAGAUUUCAACCCGGCUACAGAGAACAUUUGUUUCCAGCAGAUUGACGCCGAAGAAGGCAGAAUGGCUGGAGACAAAAUUGCAGUUCGCCUAUUCGGCGUGACCGAGGCCGGUCAAUCAGUACUCCUCAACGUAACAGGAUUUCAACACUAUCUCUACGUCGCCGCCCCGGUCGGUUUCACCCAGGAAGACUGUAAUCCCUAUCGGGCUUUCCUUGAAACCAAAAUGGCGCAGUCGGUCCCCGUGAUCCAGUCAGUUCAGGUUACGAUGCGAGAGAACAUCUAUGGUUUUCAAGGAAACCAAAAAAGCUGGUAUCUGAAGAUUACUGUAACAGACCCGAAGUUCAUCGCCAGGCUUCGCAGCGCCCUCGAAACUGGAAGCGGGACAAUGAACUACAAAGGCCUUUGGGGAAGUUCGGCCGACUCGGGUAUUCUGACAUUCGACAACAUCCAAUAUCUGCUGCGAUUCAUGAUCGAUACGGGGCUGCAUGGCAUGUCUUGGGUGGAAGCUGCUGCAGGCAAGUAUCGUCUCAUUCCCGAGUGGGAAAAGGUGUCAACAUGCCAGCUUGAAGCCGUGAUGGACUAUCAUGAUAUGAUUGCACAUGCGCCAAACGGAGAGUGGGCUAAGAUGGCUCCCCUCCGCGUGUUGUCAUUCGAUAUUGAGUGUGCUGGUCGACAAGGUAUCUUUCCAGAGCCCAAUGUGGACCCAGUCAUUCAAAUAGCCAACGUCGUGACCCGCUACGGAGAGUCGAAGCCUUUCGUCAGAAACGUGUUCUGCCUCGAUACAUGUAGCUUGAUUGUUAAUACACAGAUCCUCGAAUUCGAAAAAGAGGAAAAAAUGCUUAUGGCGUGGAAGGAAUUCCUGCAGAAGGUGGAUCCCGACGUCAUCAUCGGUUACAAUAUUGCAAACUUCGAUUUCCCGUAUCUGCUGGAUCGCGCGAAGCAUCUGAAGUGUGGUCAUUUCCCCUACUGGACUCGCUUAAAGGGAACGAAAACUGAGGCCAAAGAGGCCAAUUUCUCUAGCAAGCAGAUGGGCAACCGUGAGACAAAAGCGACGAACACAAAUGGCCGAAUCCAACUUGACUUGCUACAACUCAUUCAACGAGACCACCAUCUCCGAAGCUAUACCCUCAACUCGGUGUCCUACGAAUUUUUGCGCGAACAGAAAGAGGACGUUCACCAUACAAUGAUCACGGAGUUGUUUAACGGCACGCCCGAUUCACGACGACGAUUGGCUGUUUACUGCCUGAAAGAUGCCUAUUUGCCGCAACGAUUGAUGGAUAAGCUGAUGUGUCUGGUGAACUACACAGAAAUGGCAAGAGUAACGGGUGUGCCCUUCAACUUUCUGCUUUCUCGUGGUCAACAGGUGAAGUUUAUCAGUCAGCUUUUCCGAAAAGCCCUUGAACAGCAGCUUGUCGUCCCAAAUUCCAAGUCGCAAGAUGAGCAGGACUAUGAAGGUGCUACUGUGAUCGAACCGAAGCGAGGAUACUACAACGUUCCCAUUGCGACACUCGAUUUUGCGUCCCUUUAUCCCUCUAUCAUCCAGGCCCAUAACCUGUGCUACACUACGUUGCUGAACAAGAGCAGUGUUGAUAAACUCGGCCUCAAGAAAGACGAAGAUUACAUUGUGACGCCAAAUGGGGACUUAUUCUGCACAAGUAAAGUUCGCAAGGGUCUUCUGUCGCAGAUUCUCGAGGAACUCCUGAGUGCUCGUAAGAAGGCCAAGAAGGAGCUUGGUGUGGAAACCGAUCCUUUCAAGAAGGCUGUGCUGAACGGUCGGCAGCUUGCCUUGAAGGUCAGCGCAAACAGUGUUUACGGUCUAACUGGUGCCACGGUCGGCAAGCUCCCCUGUCUUCCUAUUGCCAGUAGUACCACCAGUUACGGUCGUCAAAUGAUCGAGAAGACAAAGGAGGAGGUCGAGGCUCGCUACACCAUUGCCAAUGGCUACUCUCACGACGCCCAAGUCAUUUAUGGUGAUACUGAUUCCGUCAUGGUGAAAUUUGGGGUUAGUGACCUGGCUGAUGCCAUGAAGCUCGGUGAAGAGGCUGCGGAAUAUGUCUCGUCCAAGUUCAUCAAACCCAUCAAGCUUGAGUUCGAGAAGGUGUACUUCCCGUACCUUCUUAUCAACAAGAAGCGAUAUGCUGGUCUUUUCUGGACUAACACCAUAAAGCACGACAAGAUGGACACCAAGGGAAUCGAGACAGUUCGCCGUGACAACUGCGUGCUUGUUCAAAACGUGAUUGAGACCGUCUUGAACAAAAUCCUCAUUGACCGAGACCCCGACGCGGCCCAAGACUACGUGAAAUCGACUAUUUCAGAUCUUCUGCAAAAUAAGGUCGAUAUGUCGAAACUGGUCAUUACAAAGCAGCUUUCUCAAAAGGAAUAUGCCGCCAAGCAGGCUCACGUCGAGCUUGCCAAGCGUAUGGCGAAGCGUGAUGCAGGUUCUGCCCCUGCCCUUGGUGACCGUGUAGCCUACGUCAUGAUCAAGGGUGCGACGAACUCCAAAGGCUAUGAGCGAGCGGAAGACCCGAUCUACGUUUUGGAAAAUAAUGUUCCCAUCGACACGAAAUACUACCUGGAUAACCAGCUUGCCAAUCCGCUCGGCCGUAUUUUCGAACCCAUCCUGGGCGAAAAGAAAGCCAACCAGCUGCUGACUGGCGAGCACACACGGUCAAUCUCUGUUGCUGCACCCAGCUUGGGUGGAUUGAUGAAGUUCGCCAAACGGACACAAACAUGCAUGGGCUGCAAAAAGCCUCUCGCGGGCAAGGAGGAGAUGGCCGGUGCAGUGUGCGAGAACUGCCGCCCUCGUGUGGGAGAGCUCUACACCAAGACGUUGAUCAAGGCCUCUGAUCUGGAGUCAAUUCCCUCAGAGUCUGAACAGAAUGACUUACAAGUUCGGCUCUUCACAGCGGAGAUCCGUGACGUCGCCAAAGUCUUGGCGCGGAAGAGCUCCUUCUCCGCCGAUCCCUUCGAGGUCUUCCGAGUCCUUUCGGCGAAGAGCAUGUUCUCUAGCUCCAGCUUCAGGAUGAACCCCAACGACAACGGGACCGGGGAUAGGCUUCCGAAUGGCCAGCAGGCAAAUGGCUCAGCAAUUCCGUGGGCAGAGCAAAAAGGACUUCUCGGGCGUAGAAACAGACAAUGGCUAACACGGCAAACUCGAGCAGGUCUUUCAUCGACACGAAACUGUCCUUACCUCUCAUCUGGAAAUGCUCGAGGCCGUGAAAAAGAAGUCUCGCUCGAGGGCGACGAGGCACUCCGGACGGUGUCGUCUAUGGUGAGCAAGACGGUCCAAGCAAUGACACAAUUUAAGGUGGUGCGAAAGAAGGUGUUGAACAUGCACAACAAGAAACUAAGCGAACCUGCCAACCCUACCGAAAACCCGAAAUCCUCGUCCACCUCGCAAUCCACACAUACCGAAUCUGGCAAGAGAAAAAGGCGCUCUCUGACAGAGAAGGAGAAAGAGAAUACCCCUACAGACCGCCAUAUCAACCCCCCAAACGAUGCGACAGCUGAAGGGCCCGUCCCAAAACAAAGACGAAACAACCAUCGCACUUCAAGGGGUCAUAGUGCUCUAAAUGCUGCCGAAGAGCUCCCGCAUGAUGCCUCUCCCGCCUCUGAUACCGAAGAUAUCUCUGCCGAGGUCCAACGGCGAUUACGAAUUAAAGAAGAACUGCGUCGGAAGAAGGACCUUGCGCAACCAGAGAAGCGUAAGCGGGAAAGCUUACUCUCUAACGAGAGUGUGUCGCCUGGAGGACACGGGCAUCAGAAAAAGCGCGUUCGUUUGGACAAAGGCACGAAGAGAGGCGGAGGCUUAAUAUCUGGUCAAGAAGAUCGCUGGAUCCCCAAGAGACAGAAGAGGUGA